AAGGCGACAACACAACACCAAUUACAAUCAACGACAAAACAGGAGGCAAUUGCAAUUGAGGAGAAGGCGCGAUGCCAUGGUCUACGACUGUCGACACCAUGGCCAAUCCAUUCACGGAAGUUGGAGGUAAUGCGGGAAACAAUGGCAGCGGCAUCCGACGACAACAGAUAAGCACAUUGACGGCGCGGUUACGACAAAGUAAGACGAAUGAAUGUCCAAUUCCUCCACCGCAUGUGGCACGCGUGUUACAAACGACCGCAAUCCCGCCUUUUCGCAAGUCAAAGGUGCAGGAAAGUAUGAGUGGUCAUGACCAUGCCUACAGAAGGAGAUUGAGGAAUAUCAGCCCGAGCGCAUUGACAAGUUUGGACCAUGAGUUACCAGCACCAUUAAGUCCGCACCGCAGGGCGAACCCGUGUGGGGAGCCGUUUACGCCUGUGAGGGCCGUUUCUGCGCCAUCGUUUCUACUGGCCACGACAGAGAAGGAGCGGGAGCAACUGACGUUGACGUUACCGAGUCCGCCGUCCAUACCGCCUUCAUUGACGGAGACGCAGUCAACUUCUCCUACACGCGCGAGUUCAAUGUUUUCGCUCGAGCACACGGAUUUCAGUCACGACGAGGGUUUUCUCGCGUCUCCGACCCCCAUAACACCCUGGAGUUCUUGUCUUCGACGCACGAAGUCUCAGCGCGCAAGACGCUCUCCGUUGGCAAGCGAACCUGUCGACGUAAUCGAGCACCCUCUCUCUCCUCUUCGCGAAAAUGAAGACGAUGAGGGCGUAUUCAUGCUCAGUCCCCUGACAGAAAGCAAGAAAGAUGGCGAAACCCAAGACGGGUUCUUCGCGCGUGCACCGAGCAAGUUGAGAAGAUCACUCAGCAAGAUCGGACGCGCAUUGAGUUCGGCGGCUGUUCCAGAGUCGAGUUAUAUCGCAGCGAACCUCAUUACGCCUGCACUUAUUACACCGCAGCCGGUGGUGGAGGUGCCGGUUACCUCGUUGCCGGCGCUGUUUCCGUUGGCGGAGAUGGAGUUUCCUACUUCGGCGAUUGAAUUACCGACGUGGUCUCCCACCAAGACUCCACAUCCAAAUCUCCCGCUCUCGCCCCGACCGAGGGAGCCGAGGCUUAAUUCGCAGUUUUUGAGGAUGUGGUGUUUAGAACAGGGAAUGAGGAGGGCGGGAAAGAUUGAGAUGUGGACUGUGGGGAGGGCCGAGAUGGUCUUGGGGCCUGUUACAUGGAAUGGAUGUUCGAACAGUGGGUUGAGGAAUGAGAUUAUGUAGAUUCUGGGGAAUUUGGAACGCGGCUGAUACAGACAAUAUUCACGAGAUGGAAGUUGGAACUGGUUCUACAUGGGGGCGGUGAAGCGUACGAUACAGGGUUGGUGCAGAAAUCAUUUAUUUGGGCAUAGCGGGCGUUUAUUCUUUCUUUAUUGGGCUACUUUUUGGAUGACAUGUGCUACGAUACGAAUGAUAGGUAUGAGGCGAUGGACAAC